UCCGGAAGUCUUUCCACAGAUAAACUGUCUCCUGCCCAGUGGUCAGCUCUGGUUUUCAUCUUAUUGUCUUCAGCAAAUGAUCUUGAAGUAUUUGAGCUGAAUAAAUUCUCUGCUUCAGAGGAGGCUCUUCUGAUGUUGCUGCCUGUGGUCAAAGCUUCCAACACAGCUCUACUGAGUGUGUGUGACCUGUCAGAGAGAAGCUGUGAAGCUCUGUCCUCAGUUCUCAGCUCUCAGUCCUCUAGUCUGAGAGAACUGGACCUGAGUAACAACAACCUGCAGAAUUCAGGAGUGAAUGUUCUGUGCGCUGGACUGAAGAGUCCUCACUGUCGACUAGAGACUCUCAGGCUGUCAGGCUGUCUGCUCUCAGAGGAAGCUUGUGUCUCUCUGGCCUCAGCUCUGAGCUCCAACCCCUCCCAUCUGAGAGAGCUGGACCUGAGCUACAAUGAUCCAGGAGACUCAGGAGUGGAGCUGCUGUCUGCUGGAGUCAAGGAUCCACACUGGAGACUGGACACUCUCAGGGUGGAGCCUGGUGGAGUCCGAUGGUUGAGACUAGGUCUGAGCAAGUAUUUCUGUCAACUCACCAUCGACACAAACACAGUGAACAGGAAACUACAACUGUCUGACAGCAACGGGAAGGUGACACGUGUGUGGGAGGAUCAGUCAUAUCCUGAUCAUCCAGACAGAUUUGACUGGUGCCCUCAGCUGCUGUGUAGUACUGGUCUGACUGGUCGCUGUUACUGGGAGGUUGAGUGGAGAGGAUGGGUUCAUUUAUCAGUGAGUUACAGAGGAAUCAGAAGGAAAGGACGCAGUGAUGACUGUGUGUUUGGACACAACAAUCAGUCCUGGAGUCUGAGCUGCUCUAAUUAUGGUUACUGCGUCAAUCACAAUAACAUAGUAACAUCCAUCUCCUCCUCUGUGUCUGACAGAGUAUCAGUGUAUGUGGACUGUCCUGCUGGUUCUCUGUCCUUCUACAGAGUCUCCUCUGACAAACUGAUCCACCUUCACACCUUCAACACCACAUUCACUGAACCUCUUUAUCCUGGGUUUGGGUUCCAUUCUCCUGGGUUCCAUUCUCCUGGGUUUGGGUUCCAUUCUCUUGGUUCAUUGUUCCAUUCUCCUGGUUCAGUGUCUCUGUGUGAUGUGUCAUGGUGA